UUCGCCACCUCACCUCCAUUACCUUCUUCUACCUUUCUACAUCUUGCUUGCUUCUACUCUGCUGCCCUCAUCAGUUACUUCAAUUAAUUUCUCUACUAGUACUACUACUGUUGCAGCUUGGACCAUACAUAAUAAUAGGAUCUGGAUUUGAAAACAUAUACAUGGCACAAAAGUACGAGGCCACCGGAGAACAUGAUCAAACCGCCGCCGCCACAGGUGACCGCGCCGGAGCCGGGGAAGAUCAGCAGCGGGAGCACCUUGGCCUCGUUGGCAUGCUUCGCCACUCCGGCGGCCCUGGCCUUAAAUAUUUAGAGGAAGAAGAAGGGGGAAGAAGGAUGAAGGAAGGGGUGAAAGUAAAGCUAAAGAAGAAGCUAACAGGGGAGGAGGAACAGACGACACAGAGCAGUACUGCAGCCAUGGCAUCCGAUGAGGAUUCAGAAGCUCUGUCGAGAGGGGGUCCAAUUAAAGUGCCCGCUGGAUCCAAAACUUACGCCAAGGCCAAGCCAAAGUAGAAUGAAGGAAUCACUAGUAAAUUUUGUUAACACGAGCAGAGAGCUUAAUGUAGUUGAUGAACUCCUCACAAUUUCAAACAUCAGGGAUUCAACAACCGCCAGCCAGCAUAGGAGUACUAUUGUAACCAAGCCGAAUCAGCCUACUGAGUUUCUUCCUCCACAACAUAUAAAAUAAAAAUAAUCAUCGACUUUAAUUCUUGCAUUGCUCUGCAACUGCAAUUGCAAUUUCAUUUCAUAUUAUCCCUUUAAGCUUAAGCUGAUUUGGACCAAAGGGGCGGGUGAUCAAAAUGAUUGGUCUAUCCUUUGCAUGGCCUCUGUUGAUAAUUAUGUUUUAGUUGCUGAGUCAUCCAUGAGUUUAGGAUGAGUUUAGGAGGUUGUUAUUUUUUUCUUCUGUUGCAGAUUUUUUAGGAGUUUGUUAUGUGCUUAUCGAGUCAAGUUUAGUUGCUUAAAUUUAGCUUUCUGUUGAAAGGCUAUAGCUGAUUAUGGGAUUUGUAGCAGGUUUUCAGGAUUAGCAGCUGAUUUAGUUACAAAUCUCUUGUAUUUAAGCUUAUGUGGAUUUAAUAAAAAGUGUGAGUGAUUCAGCUUCUCA